CCAUUGUUGUAGUUCCUUUUUCGGGGGUAGUAUUUAUGGUCACACUGAGAAAAAUGGAAAUUAGCAACGUUUAUCGUUUCAUUUACACAAAUACAGUACUUUUCGACUGAAUGUUGUCUGUAUGCACUAGCAGGCUGACUUCCUGAAUGGCAGAGCGCACAGAAGUUCCUGAUGAAGGUGUGUAGGUAAUACUUUGACAGCCCUGGAAGACAACAUGUCUGAUGAGGCAAUUUCAGACAGUGACCUGGAGGCCAGCAUUGACAGUGAAGAGGAAUGUAUGGAAAAUGAGGAAGAGGAGGAUGAUGAGGACCUGGAGGAAGACGAGGAGGAAAAUGACGGAGACGACGAAGACGACGGACUUGAGCGACCUGCAAGUGCCCAGAGUCAAACCGAUGGAACUGGGGAUAGCAGGGACUCCAAUUCAACUACCUCUGGAGAGCCUUCCUCAGAGCCUCCUUCCCAGCCUUCGUCCCGUCCAUCCUCCAGACCUUCCUCUCGUUCUCAGCCUCCAACCAGCGCGGGGAACUCAAGUCAGAGCAAACCCUUGUCUAAAAAGAAUAAGAAGGACAAAGCUUCUAAAUUAACCAAAUUACCCAAGUCUUCAAAAAGCUCCUCCAAACCUUCCAAACCAGCUAAGCCAGCUCACAUGAGGAAGAAUAUUAGAAAGCUGCUGCAGGAGGACCAGCUGGAAGCUGGGACUAAGGCAGCUCAGCAGGAGGAGAUGGAGAGACGGAAACGGCUGGAGCAGCAGAGGAAAGACUUUCCUACACCAGCCCCAACUCUCGCAGACUCUCAACUAGUUGACGCUGCAGCUUUGUUAGCAGAAGUAUCUCAGUUGGUUCCAGCGCUCCAGGGCAAGCAAGAUGUAAUCUGUCUGGACAGUAGUGGUGAGGAAGAUGAAAAGGCAGAGCUAAAUUUGCCUGCCCUUGCCAUUGGAGAUGAUAUAAUUGAACUCAGUUCAGGGGAUGAAGACACUCUGCAGAUAAGCAGCGAGUCGGCUGACGAGGAAGCCGAUGCUGCUCACGGCUCAGAGGAGAGCAGCGGCGCACACAUAAACGAUGCGCUGAACAUGCCUGACGCCCAGGGUCGAGUGCUGGUUAAUAUCAACCAUCCUCCAGAGGAGAAAGAUAUUUAUCUUGCCCCACAGCUGGCCCGAGCUGUUAAACCUCACCAAAUUGGAGGAAUCCGGUUUCUCUACGAUAACCUCAUUGAGUCUUUGGAUCGGUACAAGACCAGCAGUGGCUUUGGUUGCAUCCUCGCUCACAGCAUGGGCUUGGGCAAGACUCUGCAGGUCAUUUCCUUCAUCGACAUCCUUCUGAGAAACACGGAGGCCCACACUGUUCUGGCUAUCGUCCCUGUGAACACACUUCAGAACUGGCUGACAGAGUUUAACCUCUGGCUCCCACCCCAGGAGGCACUUCCCCCUGACACCGACCCUACAUUUGUUACUGGCCGCACGUUCAAAGUUCACAUUCUCAACGAUGAGCACAAAACGACACUGGCUAGAGCCAAGGUUGUGGAAGAGUGGUCCAGAGACGGAGGUGUGUUGUUGAUGGGUUACGAGAUGUACCGCCUGCUGUCCAUGAAGAAGAGCUUUGUGAUGGGGAAGAAGAGGAAAACAAAGAAGCCUGCUGGGCCUGUCAUUAUUGACCUGGAUGAAGAGGACAGACAACAAGAACUCAUGAAAGGAAUUGAAAAGGCAAUAACACGGCCCGGCCCAGACAUUGUGAUCUGCGAUGAGGGCCACCGCAUUAAAAACUACCACGCCAGCACGUCACAGGCCUUGAAGAACAUCCGCUCAAGGCGCAGGGUGGUUCUGACCGGCUACCCACUGCAGAACAACCUCACUGAGUACUGGUGUAUGGUGGACUUUGUCAGGCCUGACUUUUUAGGCACUCGGCAGGAGUUCAGCAACAUGUUUGAGCGUCCAAUCUUGAACGGUCAGUGCGUAGACAGCACACCUCAAGAUGUUCGCUUGAUGCGCUACCGCAGUCACGUGCUGCACAGCUUGUUGGAGGGCUUCGUUCAGAGACGGGGUCAUGAUGUGCUGAGACACCACCUCCCAAAUAAGGAGGAGUUUGUGAUCCUGGUGCGGCUCUCUCCCAUUCAGAAGGCGCUGUAUACUGAAUUCAUGAAGCGCUUUCGAGAGGCAGGGAACAGCGGCUGGCUCGGUCUUAACCCGCUGAAAGCGUUUUGCGUGUGCUGCAAGAUCUGGAAUCACCCUGAUGUCCUCUAUGAAGCCUUGCAGAAGGAGAACCAGGCCAAUGAGCAGGACUUGGACCUGGAUGACAUCACCUCAGCCAGUAACCCUCGCUGCCCUGCUCCCAAUGCCGGUCUGAAGACAAAAGUAGCAGAUUCGAGCAACAGCAAAGUCAACAACAGCUUGCCCCCACUCAAUCCGUCUCAAGAUAGAGCCAAUCAGGUCAUCACGUACGAAUGGGCAAAGGACAUCAUGUCAAACUACCGAACGGGAGUUCUAGAGAACUCAGCUAAGAUUGUUCUGCUCUUCCACUUGAUUGAAGAAAGUGUCAGAAGAAGAGACAAGAUUUUGGUCUUUAGCCAAAGUUUGUCCACUCUGACGGUCAUUGAGGAUUUCCUAUCCAAGAGACCCAUGCCCCAAGGCAUCGCCUCCAGUGACAGCCAAAACCAAAACUGGGUUCGCAACCUCAAUUACUACAGACUGGACGGGAGUACAUCUGCAUCAGAGAGAGAACGGCUUAUCAAUCAGUUUAAUGACCCAGAGAACAAAUCAGCAUGGCUUUUCCUGCUUUCGACACGAGCGGGCUGUUUGGGGGUGAAUUUGAUCGGGGCCAGCCGCGUUGUCGUCUUUGACGCGUCGUGGAACCCCUGUCAUGAUGCCCAGGCAGUGUGUCGCGUGUACCGCUACGGUCAGAGGAAGCCUUGCUACAUUUACCGCCUUGUCUGUGACUUCACCCUGGAGAAGAAGAUCUAUGACAGACAGGUGUCCAAACAGGGCAUGUCGGACCGGGUGGUUGACGACUUGAACCCAGUGCUGAACUUUACGCGCAAGGAAGUCGAGUCGCUGCUGCACUUUGUAGAGGAGGAGCCUAUGGCUGAGAAGAUCUCACUGGAAUCCCAGAGGAACUUGGAGUCAGUGAUAUAUCAAGCCUGUGAGAUUUACCCAAAUCUCGUCACCAAGCCACCUUUCCACCACGAGUCGCUGCUCAUGGAUCGCAAGGAGUCAAAAUUGACCAAAGCAGAGAAGAGAGCUGCAAAGAAGAGCUACGAGGACGAGAAACGAGCUUCUGUACCAUACUCCCGUCCGUCGUACGCCCCCUACUACCCAAUGAGUGAACAUUCGCUGGCGAGCAUUGCAGCGUUUAACCAACGCGGCUGGAGCCAUCUAACACGGCCAGAUGACAAACCAGUUGCAAGUGUCCGGCCCAUCCAGUCGACGCCAAUCCCAAUGAUGCCUCGGCAGGUGGGAAUGGGAAUGGCCGGUUCCAGCUCUGCCAGCAGCCUUCCUCUCAACUUCCUGCAGAAAGCAGGAGUUUAUGUGCAGAGGAUUGUCACCACAACGGACAUUGUAAUCCCAGGAGCCAACAGCACAACAGAUGUUCAAGCUCACAUCAGUGCAGGAGAGAGCAUCCAUGUCAUUAGAGGAUCGAAAGGUACUUACAUCAGGACAAAUGAUGGAAGGAUUUUUGCUGUUCGUUCUGGAAAGAUCAGCAGAGCGGCAGCUGGAGCAUCUGCUCCACCUAGAGACACCCAAGGCUCUCUGAUCCACCCAGUGAGAAACGGCUGCUCAUCUCCUGUGGAUCAACAGCGGCGCUCCCCCAGUGUCAACCAGCGGCCCCACUCUCCUUUAAGCUCUGAUUUUCUCAGAGAGCUCAGCCGCUACACGUCGUCUAGCAGCGAUGCCAUUGCCGGCAGGGGGAAUGAAUCAUCAUUGCUUUUGGACAUGCCGUCUUCGACAACAGGUGACGGGGGCUCCUCUCAGACUGACGAUCAAGGUCGGCAACUCUGCAACGACCUGCUGAGUUCAGCCGCGGAGAUACAGCGAGGCGGCAAACGCAAGCGUGAUGAAGGCCAGGACAACGCACAGACAGGAGGAAAACAUGCAGCUCAUUACCCUGGAUUGCCCAUGGCCUCUGGUGGGCUCAGUUUUCCACCAAUGGGUCUGAACCUGGGGAACCUUGGUCACAUGCGUCAGCCGCUUGUAAUACCUGGAGGAGGAUCUUCGUUCCUCCAACAACGGGGACAAACGAUGGCUGACCUGCAGUCCAUGUUCCCCUCAGUGGGCACAGACCUCCUGAGACAACCUGCUGCAGGGAACGGGCACCUUCCUCCCCCAUCCUCAUCCUCUGCAUUUUCCUCUGCUUCCUCCUCCAUUCCCAUGUCAUCAACAGUAACCUCCUCCUCCCUCCCAUCUGCUCCGUUGCCCCCAUACUUGAUGAACCCCAACAUGGCAGGCCUGCUUUCUUCAAGUUUUCCUCUCGGCUACAGUCAGCCACUGCUCUCCGCACCAAGAAUGUUCCCUAACCCAUUACUCACGGGGUCAGGGGGCUUCUCUGUGCCCAACUCCAACUCUGCUACACCCAGUUUCCUCUCUCAUUUUAACAACCCCACCUCCAGCCUGCUGGGGGCCGCUCUGACGCAGCAAGACAGACUCCCGAGUACAGUAAACGGAGGGGACAGCUCUGAUGAUGAUGUUAUAGAGGUGACGGGACAGUAGGGUUGCAAAAAGUCUGACAAGGCAUUUUCAUACAGUUUUACAAUUAAAGAAAACAUUAGAAAUUGGAAUUAUUAUACAAAAAUGAAUAAAACUCAAAGGCAAAAGUCCUAAAAUAAAUCAAUGAUGUUUACAUGCAUCAUGGUUUGAAAGUUCUAUCAAAUGUGAUCAAGAGGAGAAAAAUGUGAAACUCAGCAUUGAUGAGUUCACAUCUAAUUCAGAUUAAAUGUGAAUAAAUUAUUCAUAGGCAGAAAGUUAGCCAAUUUCAUUCAUUAUAAUAAACAUGUUACACAGGUUCUGUUUGACAAGGUGCCUUGCAGAAGUUUUCAUACCCCUUGAACUCUUCCACAUUUUGUCAUAAAGCGGUCACAGAAUUCAAUGCAAUUCAUGGGGGUUUAUGCGGUAGGCCGACACCAAGUUGUGCAUAAUUGUGAAGUCGAAAGAAAAAUGAUAGUGGUUUUAAUUUGUUUUUACAAAUAAAAAUCUUAAAAUGUGGCAUGCAUUUCUGUUCAGUCCCCUAAGGUCAGUACCACCUUUCUGCACAAUUACAGCUGCAAGUCCUUUUCUAUUCCUCUCUGGCAGCUUUGCUCAUCUUUGAUUAAAGUUUUUGCCUGUUCUUUUUUUUUUUUUUUUGGCAAAAUACCUCAAGCGGAUUCAGAAUAGAUGGAGUGUGAACAUCAUUAUUUUAAUUUCUCAAUUGGGUUUAUUUCUGGACCUUGACUAGGCCGUUCUGAAACAUUGUACCUGUCUGACAGUAUUUAGCUCCAUUAAUCUUCAAAUCAACUUUGAUUUGCUUACCUGUCCAUGUUGAUGAAAAGCAUCCCUUAAACAUGAUGCUGCCACCACUGUGUUUCACUGUGUCGAUGGUUUGUUUAGGAUGCAUUCUGCCAUGCAUAGCAUUUUGCAUGUAGGCCAAAAAGUUCAAUUUUGGUUUCAUCUGACCAUAGCACCGUCCACAUGUUUGCUGUGUCGCCUACAUGUGUUUUGAUAAACUCUUUAAGUACUGACUCUUCUUGCCAGCCUUCCAUGAAGGACAGUUUGGGGGAAUGCACAACUAAUAGUUGUCCUGUCAAUUGACUAACCUAUUGACAGGAUCUCUGCAGCUCCUCCAGAGUUAUUAUAGGAGUUUCUUUUAUCUGAUCUGCUCUGUGAAGUUGUAUUUCUAGUAAGAAUAAAUUCCACACAGGUACACUUUAUGUAUUAAUGAGGUGUCUUCUGAAGGCAUUAAGCUGCAUUGGAUUUAUGCUUGCCACACCUUUCAGAUUUUUAUCAGGAAGACAUUUAAUAACCGUGCAUACUUUUUCUCCUCAGAAUUAUGCACUACAUUUUGUCGGUCAAACAAAAUCCCAACAAAAUUAGGUUUGGGGUUAUGUGACAAAAUGUGAAGAGGUUUUAGGGGUAUGAAUGAUUCCCUUUCCUAAUGCUCCUCUUCAGUCAAACACACAGACUGAUUAUCUUCUCGAAAAUUGAGAAUCAGACCUUAAUUGCUACAAAUAGCAACAAAAUCCUUAUGCUGAAUGUCUCGGACCUGUUCAACUGGAGCGUCGGGGGAGCGGGAACAGAUCUCUGUCAAACGAGGACCAGCCGAAUCUUUCUGGGGUGGCUCUCACGGCCUCUGCUACAUUUUUACACAAGUGUCGCCAAGUAAUUUCAGUUCCCAACUCUUCAAACAUGUGAUUCUAGCUGCUUCCUGUUGGCUUUUCUCAUGAUGUAUCGUAUAACAGCUGGGUGUGGACAGGUUUAACACUCUCCUGCUGAACACUAGUCUUCUCCAUUCUCUGGAGCAGUUCCUUCUCUGUAGAUAAAGGGGGUCUGUGUGUUUGUCAAAAAGUACACAAUACUUAAGAGAAUCUUUCGAGGCUUACCUUAAAAAGCGGAAAUUUUAGGCAUAUUUUAGUCUUUAGCAGUUUGAUAGACAUCGUAGCAACCCCCCUGUUUAAAACGUCCAUGUGACACUAUAAUUGGAAAUGUUAAAACUUUGUAAAUAACAGUCUUUAUCAUUGUUUAAAUUGCAAGUCGAUACUGUGCAGUGUGUAGAUUUCGGUCAUAGAGCGAUUGUUUAUUACAACAGUGACCAUCAUAAAGAUAAACUCACCCCGGCUUUGAUGAGUGAAGAUAUAAAUUUGUUUAAUAUUUAGGAUUUUCUUUGUUUCUCUCCAAACUGAAAAGAAUGUACUUUCAUGUUGUCAACACAGGGACUGGGACACGGGUUUGUACUGUGGGAACCCAUUAUUAAUAUUGGUUUUUUUUUUUCCUUCAUCCACUCGAAAGGGUCUUGAGUUUUGAAAUUCCUAUUUAGUAAAUAAUUUUUAUGUUUUAGACAGCUGGCGUUGUGAAUAUAAGCAGCAAAUUUGAAAGCCAAAUGAAGCUCAAACCAAGGAGUACUGUUACUAACUCGUUCACUUUAUCUUUAUUUAAUUGUUGAUCUUACGGGAGUUUCCCAAUAAUUUGCUUACAGCACUGGCCAGAGGUUUACAUGCACUCAUUGACAUGAACAUCGUACUCAUUUUACUCUGUUCUUUUUUUCAGGGAGGGCUAAUAAUGCAACAGGCAACUUCAGUGAAUUUUAAAUACGGGAGCUGGGAGGCACAGGCUUGAGUUUAUUGUGUUUUUCUCUGAACCAGGAAGGCCUAAAUAUAUUCAUACACCCCCGCAAACAUUUGGAAAAUGUCCCUUAUAUAGUUGCCUUGGAGCACAUGCUUUUUGUAGCCAUUAACAAGCUCCUGUCAUAGCUUUGCUUGGAUAUUUGACCACUCUUCUUAUCAGAGGUUGUACAAGGUAUUUAAAUUCGUUGGUUUUGUCAAACAGACGUGGCUUGCAUCAGGGCCAUUCCAAAUGUUUAAUGUUCGCCUGCUUUAUCCUUUCUUAAACCAGUUUUGAUGUGUUUGGGAUUCUUAUCUUGCUUUGAAACGUGAUGUGUUUAAGGUUUGAAACCGUUUCAGAUGAGGUAGGCAUCCGUACUCUUGCAGCAAAACAGCCCCCAGCAUAAUGCUGCCACCGCCAUGCUUGACAGUUGGUUGUGUUCUUUGUUUUGAAAGACUCACAUUUCUCCUCUAAAUAUACCUCUUGUUGACACUGCUUCAAGAUGUCAAUUUGGGAGCAGCUACUUCUUUCUUGGUCAGCUGUAUCUCAGUCUGUCAAUUUUAAACAGGCUACACUGUUGACGGUAUCGCCGGUGUUCAAGCAGCUUUCAGUGUACGAUAGGCCUACGUUUUGGUGGUUCCUCGGCUGUUCUUGAGGAUCUGAACCAAUUUCAUGUGUUGAAGACCAUUUUUGGUCAAAUGGUUGAACUGUGGGUAUUCAAACAGGAAAAUUAUCCCAAACACACAUGAAAACUAAUUUUAGAAUUGACUGACAUUAAGCGUCUGCAUUGGCCCACAUUUAAAAGUCGAGCCUAAGCUUGUCAUUCAACCAAUUUAAGUAAACUCUGCCAAGAAAAGUGGUCAAAUGUCCAUAUUCAAGUUUUUUGAUGGUUAGAAAAAAAAGUAUGUGGUUUCUCUGUACCUUGUUAUGGGACAUUAAUAACUAGUGGGGGUGUAUGUAUAUAUUUGAUGCUGUAUGUAUAAUUUUGAACCUGUGUGGAUUUGAGUGAAUCCCUACUAAAUUAAAUUCAAUUAUAUUUUAAAUUCAUUGGAGCUGAUCUAUUAUCAGCCUGAGCAGAAAAACAGUUCCAAUGCAUCAUUGAAAGCCCAUUCAUAUUGAGGAAUGUAUGUAAACUUCUGCCCAGCAUCGUUUAUGGUCUUUUAACCUACACCCCACAGAAGGUCUCUCAGAACAAAUAUUACCGAAAUGUAGAGGAACCACUGAAUCUGCACAGCCUGAGUGGAUGAAACCUUCAGUCAAUGCAGCCACCUUCAUUUAAACCUGAUGACUUUGAUAUAUAUCAGUAAAGAGUCGAUGCGGUGGCCUUACAAAACUGACAGUGCCGUUAUGUGAUGAUAGCCGUUAGAUGCAGUUUAAGUAGCUUCUGUCAGGAGUGUCACUGCAUCUAGGUUGCUUUAUGGCGGUUUAGGUCUCGUUUUUUGAAUCCGUCUAUUUUCUGUGUAUUCUUCGAGUUGUUUAGAUGUAGGAGAAGUCACUUUCCUCUGCUGGUAAACUGGGCUAAGCGCAGUGACUCUUAGCCUUUAGGAAACACUGGAUAAGCUGAGACAACAGACCAUUUCCUUCUGGAGUUGCAUUUUUAGUUUUACAUGUGGGGAUCCUUCGUCCCGUCAUUGAGUACUGUUUGCUUUUUGUCCGCUGCUGGCUCUUCUUUCUCCUCCCGGCUGCUUCAUUUUAGUUCUGUCAGAAGACUUUGUGGAUUUGUUUUCUGCGUCUCAUGAGAACCUGUGAUUUCUGAUUUAAAAAGUGAGCUAGCACUUUGCAUAAGGAACAUUUCUGCAUAUGAACUGUGCGAGGUACAUUAUACUGACCCCUCUGUCAUUUCUUUUAGUCUCUAGAAUAUUUUAUUAAAAAUAGUUUUUUCAUGAUGUCUAAUUCCAGUUAAUCCACUUGGUUGUUGAGUCCCUCAUUUUGAUGUCUAAAAUGUACUUAUUUAUAAUGUAAAAUAUGGUUUUUGUAACUGUAUUUUUUUUUUUUACUUUUUUUGUUCCCUUUGACCCAUUAAUGGCUGACCUAGUAAAGAUUUCAUACAUGCAGCCUAAAUUAAAUAAAAACUAUGUGAUAUCAAUGUUAUUUCAAAAAUAAAAUAAUCUUCUAAUACAGUCUAAA